AGUACAGUUUCGGUCACGCUGAGCGACGAAUAUUUCCUAGGCAAGCGGGCGGUUAAAUAGCAAAAUAGCUGUAAAUGUUUAAGAUUGUUCGUUUUUAGUUAAAUACCUAACGACACACCAUGGGAUUUGUGCUGUCCAAGUUUCGGAAGGAAAAGUCUACGGAGGCGGUGUUGGAGGGGCUGCAGACGCAGAUCCAGGCGUUGGAGAAGUACAUGAUCAACACGGAGGAGCGGAGGCGGCGGUUCGUGACCAACUUUGUGGGCUUCACCAUUGGCGCCUAUAUCGUGGGCUUCGGACUAUGGUACUUCUUCUAUUUUCCCCCGACGGUCCAGGAGUGCUUCAUGUACCUGGUUCCACUUCUCCUUUUUCCGUUCGUCAUUAUCUUUCUGCGGCGGCUGUUUACGUGGUACUUUCAACGCAAGCUCAACAAAAAUGGCGAUAAGCUGACUCGUCUGAAGGAAGACAAGCGCAAGAUAUUGGAGCAGGUCAUGGACAAAGAGACAUAUAAGGUGGCAGUGAAUCUCCUGGAGCGUUUUGGCGAUAAGAAGCAGCUCCGUAUCAGCGGUCUGCAUUCCGGAUCGGCGCCCAACAGCUCGAUGGUGGAGCGUACUCCUCAACCGGCUGCCCGGACUGCAUCGACCGGCGGACAGCAGCAGCAGCAACGAUCGCUGACUCCGUACACCAGUGUCUACCGCAACCAUAACAACAACAACAGCACUUCGCUAAAUAGCAGCGUCAUCAGCUCACAUUCACUGGCACCGGUGACGUCAGCAUCGCCGCAGUUGCGAGCUGUUCAAGAAUUGCGUCGGCGGUCGCCAUUUCCCAUCGUCGAUGAUCGAUCACGUAGUGCCCUGGAUCGCAUCGUGGACUUCAUCGUGGGCGACAGUCCAAAGGAUCGAUUUGGCAUGAUCUGCAAGGCGUGUCACGCCCACAACGGAAUGCUGCCCAAGGAGGAAUACGAGUACACUACGUUCAGGUGUGCGUUCUGCAAUGUACUUAACCCGGCAAGAAAGAAGCGACCCGUGGCUCCUCGCCUCUCCCUGGAUGCACCUUCCGAAACCGCUACAAAGCGAAACGACAGCUCAGACAGUGAAUCAUCCGAUGACGACUCUGAUAAGGAGCAACCCGUACGAAGAGCCCUGCUGCAGGAAGUGCCAUCGAAGGAGGCUGAUAUGGAUGCCACCACCGCAACGGAAGACUUGGCAAUGGAGACUGAGACACCCGAGACUGGAUCUGCUGCCGCCGAGAUCAGCAAAGCUGAGGUGGCAGCCAGCUCCUGAGGGCACACCACAUCGAUAUUCACCUUUUAGGCGCCAGUCAAGCAAAAUUCUUGGAUUAUUUGCUUAUUAGUUUACUUAUUUAACUUCUUAUUGGUAAGCAAAUUUUAUGAGAAUCAUCUGUUAUCAUCUGAAUUUAUUGUCGAAGAAUGAAUACAUUGAAUGGAAAACGUAA